AUGGAGCUCCGUCCACUCCGUGUGAUGAUCUUGCUUAUUUCACUUAUCCGAGUCGGACAAGCUCAAGUGUUUAAACCAGUUCUGUCUGUGGAGCCGAAUUCACCUCAAAUAUUCAGAGGAGACACGGUUACACUCACAUGUAGGAUUUCAGGAUGGAGUGGACCGUACUACUGGUACAAAGAUGGUGUUUAUAGUCACGGUUCUGCUGAAAAUUACUACACUAUAAAAGUAGAUCAGAGUCACAGAUACAGAUGUUACGGGUCUAUUGAUGGACGGUCAACGGCAUGGAGCGAUGAAGUGACUCUCUCAGUGAUAGAGAGACCAAAAGCCGUUCUGACUCUGCAGCCUGAUGGACAGAUAUUCAGUGGACAGGAAGUCACUUUCACAUGUGAAAUACGAGGACAUGCAGACACUGAGUGGAUGUACAACUGGAAUAAAGAUGGUGUCCAAAUAUCCUCCUACACUGAGAGCAGGAAAUAUUCAUUCACUCCUGUAGAGUCUCUCAGCGCUAAAUACACCUGCAGCGGACGGAGAAGAAGCGACUCUCAGACCUCAGAGACCAGCAACACUGUUACACUCACUGUGUCAGAAAAACCUAAACCUGAACUCACAUCAAGUCGUGAAGGAGCUGUACUGAAAGGAAACCCAGUGACUCUGUCCUGUACACUGAAGCUGCAGUCUGCUGGAUGGAAGUUUUACUGGAUCAAACCCACACAGAGCACUGAGACUGAGACUGAAACAGACUACUACAACAUCAGCUCCGUUAGUGUCUCUGAUGGAGGUCAGUACAGGUGCAGAGCUGGAAGAGGAAACCCAGUCUACUACACAUACUACAGUGAUGCACUCUGGGUAAAUGUUACUGAGAGUCCUAAAGCUGUGGUGACCAUAAAGCCUGAUAAACAUGUGUUCAGAGGAGAGACUGUGACUCUCAGAUGUGAAAUACAGGGAGGAGGAGACACUGAGUGGACAUACAGCUGGUAUAAGAAAUAUAACACACUCUACCCAUCCCGCACAACACAGGAGUUCAGCUUCAGCUCAGUUAGAAAUGAUGACAGUGCUGAAUACACCUGCAGAGGGAGGAGAAGUGACUCUCAGAGCUCAGAGAUCAGUGAUGCUGUUACACUCACUGUAUCAGAUGCAGCAGAGGCAGUAGUGAGUGUGUCUCCACUGCGCUGGCUGACUGAAGGAGACUCAGUGACUCUAAGCUGUGAGGUUAAACACUCCUCUACAGGCUGGACAUUCAGCUGGUACACAGAGGUUCCCUCCAGAGACAGUCAGGGUUCCCUCAGGUACAGUACAGCGCUCCUCUCAGACAGCAGCAGAGGAUCUGGAGGCUCCUACACUCUCAGUCCUGUUACUGUGAAGCACACAGGAGUUUAUAUGUGCAGAGCAGAGAGAGGAGAACCAGUCUUUCACACACGGGACAGUAACCUACAGCCACUGUGGAUCACUGGUGAAUCUCCUCCAGUGUCUCUGAUCAUCAAUCCCAGCAGAACUCAACACUUUACUGCUGACUCUCUCUCACUGAGCUGUGAGGACCAGAGUGACUCUACUGGAUGGACAGUGAGAGGAUACACACACAGUGAGGCAGUGUCUGAUUGUUCAUCAGUUUCAGGAUCUACAUGUAACAUCAGCUCCCUCUCUACAUCACACACUGGAGUUUACUGGUGUCAGUCUGAAUCUGGAGGACGCAGUAAUCCUGUCAACAUCACAGUGCACCAUGGUCAUGUGAUCCUGGACAGUCCUGUCCAUCCUGUGACUGAGGGACAUCCUCUGACUUUACAUUGUUUAUCUCGCAACUCAAAGACCUCAGCUUCUGGUGUUGAUUUCUAUAAAGAUAGUUCAGUUGUCCAGUCCCAGAUUACAGGAGAGAUGACCAUCAGUACUGUCUCAAAGUCAGAUGAAGGUUUCUACCACUGUAAACACCCAGAGAGAGGAGAGUCACCCAAAAGCUGGGUUUCAGUCAGAGACUCAGGGUCUGGAUCCAGUACUGAUAUAGUAUUUGUGUCUGUGGGACUGAGUUUGGCCUUGCUGUUCAUCAUCCUUUUACUGAUCCUGCGUUGGUGGCACAAAUCCAUCCAAGGAAAGGACAGAGACAUACAGCAGAACAGCAAUCAGACACCAGGCCAGAACCCGAGUCAGUCAGGAGCUGAGGAUUCUCAGUCAGGACACACUCCACUUCAGACCGAUGUGCACAUUUAUGCCACUGUGGAGAACGCAAGUAAAAGUGAAGCUGCAGCUGAACUCAGUGGGGCCGUUUAUGCACAGGUCAUGAAGAAAAAGGAGUCAUACAAGAAUAAAGAUGAUGAUGCUGGACCCAGUGAUGUGAUUUACACUGAGCUUGAAAUCAAGCCACAGAAAAAAGCAAAGAAAAAUCAGGUGAAGGCCAGUGUAGAGUAUGGAACUGUUUACUCACAGCUGAAGCAGAACACAUAGGUGCUGGAGGAGUGAAUACACAACUGAACAGACGAGAGAGAAGAGAGAGAGAAGUUCAUCAUGUGUGCAGUGACAGUAAAAUCGGAGUGAGAUUGUUUUGUACAGGUUCUUUGCACUUAUUUGGUUUAAAAUGUGUGUGUGUGGGGGGGGGGAUUAAGAACGUGUGUAUGGACAGCAUUAAGAAGUAUUUACAGGGUGUAUUUUAUUGAUUACUUGUGCCACUAUUAGGACUGGUUGUAAAGCAAAAGGAUUUAGUAGUAAUAGUAAGAGUAAUAAGUCAAUGUGACUGAACUUUUAUUCUUGAAAGUGUUUUUUCACUCAUGUGAGGGG